UGCAGAUGUUGGCAGAGGAGAAGAGUGUGUCAGCGCGGCAUGCGGAGGAGAGGGACCGAGCCGAGGCCGAGGCUCGAGAGAAGGAGACUCGUGUGCUGUGGUUAAGUCGCACUCUGGAGGAGGAGGUGGAGAGCAAAGAGGAAAUGGAGCGACAGAACAAGCAGCUGCGCUCCGAGAUGGAGGACCUGAUGAACUCCAAGGAUGACGUGGGCAAGAACGUACACGAGCUGGAGAAGGCGAAGCGGGCGCUCGAGCAGCAGGUGGAGGAGAUGAAGACGCAGCUGGAGGAAUUGGAGGACGAGCUGCAGGGCACGGAGGACGCCAAGCUCCGCCUGGAGGUCACCAUGCAGGCCACGAAGGCCCAGUUCGAUCGCAGCCUCCAGUCGCGUGACGAGCAGAAUGAAGAGAAGAAGAGAACCCUUCUCAAACAGGUGCGGGAGCUGGAGCUGGAGCUGGAGGACGAGAGGAAGCAGCGCUCGAUGGCCGCAGCCUCGAGGAAGAAGCUGGAGGCGGAGCUGAAGGACGUGGAGGGUCACAUUGACGGGGCCAACAAGGGCAGGGACGAGGCUCUCAAACAACUGCGGAGGCUGCAGGCUCAGAUGAAGGACCUGCUGCGGGAGCUGGACGAGGCCCGCUCCUCCCGGGAGGAGACCUUCCUCCAGUCCAAGGAGACCGAGAAGAAAUUGAAGUCUCUCGAGGCGGAACUGCUGCAGACGCACGAGGACCUGGCUGUCUCAGAACGAGCCCGACGACAGGCUGUACAAGACCGGGAGGACCUGGCGGACGAGAUGGGCAGCAGCGCGUCCGGGAAGUCGGCCCUGUUUGAGGACAAGAGGCGGCUGGAGGCCAGGAUCGGGCAGCUGGAGGAGGAGUUGGAGGAGGAGCAGAGCAACACGGAGCUGCUGAAUGAUCGCUACCAUAAGGUCACCAUGCAGGUGGAGACGAUGACCACGGAGCUGUCGGCUGAGAGGAGCCUCACCCAGCGGCUGGAGAACAUGAGGCAGCAGCUGGAGCGGCAGAACAAGGAGCUGAGGGGCAAGCUGCAGGAGCUGGAGGGGGUGGUGCGCUCCAAGUACAAGACCAGCGUCACCACCCUGGAAGUGAAGAUCUCGCAGCUCGAGGAACAGCUAGAGCAGGAAUCCAAAGAGCGCUCGCUGGCGAACAAGUUACUGCGACGGACAGAAAAGAAAAUGAAGGAGCUGCUGCUUCAAAUCGAGGAUGAGCGCAGGCAUGCCGACCAGUUCAAGGAGCAGGCGGAGAAGGCUUCCCUGCGGAUGAGGCAACUGAAGAGGCAGCUAGAGGAGGCGGAGGAGGACUCCUCGAGGGCCCACACCUCCCGCCGCAAGCUGCAGCGAGAGCUGGAGGAUGUGACAGAGACAGCGGAGGCCAUGAACCGGGAAGUCAGCACGCUGAAGAGCAAACUGAGCAGACUGGAACGCCUCCAAGCCAAACGCGGAGGGCACCUACCCUUCACCACCAGGAUCAGCCGCCGGGUGCUGCAGGCCGAGGGCUCGCUGGAGAAUUCGGACGAGGAGUCGGACGCUCGAGAGGGGGAAGGGAGCGGAGGGCAGCAGACGGCCGCCCAGACGCCGGGACCCGAGCAGGCGCCGGCCGGCCAGGAACAGCCGCCGGCAGCGGCUCCGCAGGAGUGAAAGAGCGAGUCCGGUCCCUUUCUCCGACACUCUUCCCCCUCCCCUUCCCCCCCCCAACUCUCUC